AGGGAGAAAAAGUCAAAAAGGAAAAGUGGCACACAAGACAAUGAGGAAUCAACUUUGAACUCAAGUAAAUAUUUUAAAACUGAUGGAUCCCCUCCGAAAAUGCCGUCUCCGGUUUUUAAGAAAGUCUUAACAUGGACGCCUCCGAAAUCACCAUUUAAUUUGAUUCAAGAGAGUUUGUUUCAUGAUCCGUGGAAGUUAUUAAUAGCUACAAUAUUUCUAAAUAAAACUACAGGCACAGCUGCUAUACCGUUACUAUGGAAAUUUUUCAAUCGUUGGCCAACAGCGGAUUCGGCCAGGAAUGGAUCUGCUGAAAAAAUGUCCAAAUUAAUGCAGCCUUUAGGACUUCAUGAAAAAAGAGCAGAAACCAUUAUACGAUUUUCAGAUGAAUACCUGACAAAGAAAUGGACGUACCCUAAUGAACUACAUGGCAUAGGAAAAUAUGGGAAUGAUUCGUACAGAAUCUUCUGUGUUAAUGAAUGGAGACAGGUGAAGCCUACAGACCACAAACUGAAUGACUAUCAUGAUUGGUUGUGUAAAAAUGAACAGGAGUUGGGAAUCUGAGAUUUGAUCAGCUGAUUACUAGAAGUACUUACCUGUGUAUUUUUAAAAACAAAAUCUGAAGAUUAAUUCUGAUUGAUAUGACUCAAAGCUGUUUUCAAAUUCAGUUUUGCGUCAUAUUUUCAUUUUCAAUAUGUAAAAAUAUAUUUUUUCAGCACAUGUGGAAAGUGUUCUGAACCCUGUUCCAAUUUGAGGAUUCCAUGAAUCCCAAACGUACAGAGUCCCUGAACGAGAGCCCCCGUAGAUAUUUUUUUGCAGGUAAUUCUACUCACUUCCAAAAAUUUCAGAUGGGAGAUUUUGAUUUUUAGAUUAAAAUGAUGUUUGUUUUCUUAUUGUAAAUAAUAUUUUAUUUUAUUUAGAAUUUUUAAUCAGAUAAAGUGCUAGUAUAUUGUCAGAUUUUUAAAUAGAAUCACAGAAAUUCAGGGUCGAUCUUAAAAUACAGUGGUGAAUUACAAAAAUGAAUUUGAAGCAGUGGUAGCAUCAACUUGCAUCGUUCCAAUUUUCUAUCAGAUGUUUGUGAAUUAAAGAAAUGCUUAAAACUGUAUGAGACAUCAUUAUUGCCAACACAGCUAAUAAUAACCGUAGGCCUUUGUUAUAGCUAUUUCAUAAAAGGCUUAGUUUUAGUGGAAUUGCAGGAACCACAGACAGCUGAUUAAAAAUUGGAAUGGUACAAAUUAAUGAUAUCAAUGUCCCCGAUAUACAUAAAAAGUUUAGAAGACUUUUAAGAUAUAUGAAAAAAGUUUGGAUAGAAUUUUCAUUAAAGACUACAAUUUAUUGAGAUUUUUAAUUAGAAUAUUUUGUUAAUUAAAAAAUGACUGUAGUUUAUAAGACAAUAGAUUUGUCCUGUUUUAAAAUUUUCAUCCUCUAAUGUUGUCGAUAAAUCUUAUAUCCCAUU